AAAAUAAUGGAAAGCGCUCCUGAAGGAGAUCUCUCAGAAUUACGUCUCAAAGCAAAAUCUUUGAGGGAAGAACUUCUUGAAAUUGAUGAGAAAAAGAAGAAUAUGGAGGAAGAAAUAGCAGUACUUACAGAGGUCCUUCAAUCUCCUGGUCAACCUGGGCUCACUGAAAGUUUAGUCGAUGAGGAAGAUUUCCCAAGGAAUGAUAUCGAUAUUCCAACUGUGAGAAAGCAUAGGAAUAGAAUUGCAAUUCUUCAGACAGACCACAAAGCCCUCUAUAUAAAAUUAGAAGCAAAGUUACAUGAACUUCAUGCAGUCAACCGAAGGAUUAAAGAAUUUGGCGAUAUUGAAGAAACUCCUAAACCUACAGAAGAAAUUAAGGAGACUAAUGAAGAAACAAAGGAACCAGUACAAGCUUCAGAAAAGCCAGCUGAAACCUCUAAGCAGCAUGAUAGCAAGGAUAAAGAGAAUGAGGAGAAAAAGGACGAGCCAAUGGAGGACGAAGAGGAAGAGAUUAUCAUGACUCAUGUAUCCCAAAUGAGAUCAGGAUCUUAGUCUAAUCCUGGCCUCUUUUCCCUGAC